AUGGGACCUCCAGCUAAGAGAGCCAAAUAUGACCCCCCAGCCUGGGACGCUCCGGCCCAGACUCCCCCGGUCCCCCUGUUUGUGGAUCACAGCUUCCCCCGGGACGAGGCUCUUCAGGAUGAGGGUGUGGAGUGGAGGAGACCCAAGGAGAUCUGCGCCCGGCCGCGGUUCAUUGUGGACGGAGCCACCAGGAUGGACGUCUGCCAGGGCAAUCUGAGUAACUGCUGGUUUCUGUCGGCCGUGGCAUGUCUGUCUCUGUACCCCCACCUCCUGGAGCAAGUGGUGCCCCCCGGACAGGGCUUUGAGGACGGCUAUGACGGCAGCUUCAGGUUCCGGUUUUGGCAGUAUGGAAAGUGGGUAGAGGUUCUGGUGGACGACCUCCUGCCCGCGGUGAGGCCACAGGACAGCGGGGAGAGCGGGCACUCGCGGUAUAACCUGCUUUUCAUGCACUCCAACGAUACCGACGAGUUCUGGAGCUCUCUGCUUGAGAAGGCGUACGCCAAGAUGAAGGGGGGAUAUUCUGCCCUCCAGCUGGGAUUUGCCGGGGAGGCUCUGGUCGAUAUGACGGGGGGCGUAGUACAAAGCGGUGACACCAGUGGACCAGCAGAGACCCUAUGGAACCACCUGAGCCAUAUGCUUCAGCGAGGGGCCCUGAUCUGCUGUGGGAACACUCAGGGGGAACUCGAGGCGAGAAACUUACUGGGGAUCCUCGGCUACCACAUGUACUCGGUGACCGGGACACAGGAGGUCGAGACGUUUCAGGGUCCGGCGUCUCUCCUCCGGAUCCGGAACCCGUGGGGUCACACCGAGUGGCUCGGGCCUUGGAGAGACGGGGGUCCGGAAUGGCAGAAUGUGACGGACCCCCAGGAUACGGAGGCUGUAAUCCUGGAAGAUGGGGAGUUCUGGAUGGCGAUAGGAGAUUUCCAGAGGAAUUUUCAGUUGCUGGAGAUUUGUCACCUGGGUCCCGAGAGCCUGGCGAGGGUGGGAGCUGCGCCCAGACCCUGGGAGUGCGUUACCUACGAAGGACGCUGGGUGAAAGGGCUGUCUGCAGGGGGCAGCAUUACGUGCCGGGAUUCGUACUGGAUGAACCCGCAGUACUCUCUGGUCCUCCUGGAGGAAGAUAACAGUCCCUCAGACCCUGGGCCGACUUGCAGCUUCAUCGUCGCUGUGAUGCAGAAACACCAGAGGCUCCGGAGGGCCGGACAUGCGCGCGCCGCCUGCCACAUAUUUCAGGGGGACGACGCUCACGCCUAUCUGUUUGAGGAGCGGCUUCGUCGGGCACAGCCGUUGGUGGGCAUCGGGCCGUGUGACGGCCGGAGGGAGGUGGUCCUGAGCUCCAGUCUCCCCCCGGGUCGCUACGUCAUCAUCCCCUCGCUGGAAGGAGCAUCGGAUGAGGGAGAGUUUCUGCUCAGAGUCCUGACUGAGAAGAGCUGUGGCAGACAGACCCGGACCUCAGCGAGAAGGCCAGGUAAGUGGCGGCUGCGCUCGCUCGUACAGUCUGGGGGGCUGUGUUUUUGGGGUACAUUUCACUGUAUUUCACCAUCAUGUCUGUCGCAGCCCUCGUCUGAAGGUCUCCCUGAGGGUCUCCCUGAGGGUCUCUGCCGGAGCAAAUUCCUGCUGUUUGCGGGUCAGGACUGCAGGGUCACGGACACUCAACUCCACGGACUCCUGGCCGCCCUGCUCAAUGAGUUUGCUCCCGCGCUGCCCGCUUUCACCCUGGAUGCCUGCCGGAGUUUGCUGGCCUCGCUGGAUGCGGCAGCCGUGGGGUCCCUGGGCUGGCAGCAGUUUCAUGCCCUGUGGGAGUCACUCACAGCCGGCACGCGAAUCUUCUGCAGUUUAUCCGGAGAGGAGCCGGGCAGGAUUGGCAGAGAGCGGCUUGUGCCCGCCCUGCAGAUGGCAGGGCUGCCGGUGGAUGAUUUCUCGGUGCGGCUGGCGCGGCUCCGGUACGCAGAGAGCGACGGAUCCUUCGGUUACCAGAACUUCGUCUGCUGCCUCCUAAAACUGCAGAGAGUGACAGGGAUGUUCCUGGCAGCGGAUCCCGCGAGCUCCGGCACGGCGACCCUAAACUAUCGCCAGUGGCUGCAGCUGGCGAUUUACAGCUGAUUGUGACACGGAGACCGCAGGGGAUCCUUCCGUAACACGCGUGGCACGUGGCGGACCACAGAACGCCCGAUACACAAACAUUGCCCCUCGCGGC